CCUUCACCUUCAUUGUCCCGCUGAUCGCUGCAGGCGCAGGGGGAAGCUUCUUCUUCUACUAAUACAGCAAGGAGCAGAGUACUUUAUUUUAGAUUAUUGUGGCAAGAAUGGAUCUACCAGCAGCCAACAACGGUGUUCAUUUGGCUGCGUACAGACCUAACCUCCCCACCUCAGUGCUAAAUGGCAAACCGACCUCUGGAGGGUUUGAUGAGUCUGCGUAUUCGCAGUACUACGGCGACGGCAGCAGUGAAACGUCCCGUGCAUCCGGCGCCCUGACUGGCUACGAGACCUUAGAUGCCCCACCACACUACGACUUCUACGCCAACACUCAGGUGUUGGGCCGCCGGAGGCGCUCCAGACCGUCCCUGUACCAGCUGCGCGCCAACCCUGAGGAUGACUCCAGUCCUCCCCUGUAUGAGGAGACCACAGCGGGUCAGAUGGAAGGAGACACAUCUGAGGAGGAUGAGGACGAGCAAACUGAGCCACAAUCUGAACCCACUCGUUUUGGUUGGAUACAGGGUGUCAUGAUUCGCUGCAUGUUAAACAUCUGGGGAGUGAUCUUGUACCUGAGGCUGCCUUGGAUCACGUCUCAGGCUGGGAUCGGUUUGACUUGGGUGAUUAUCCUACUGUCCUCUACUAUAACUGGGAUCACUGGACUCUCGACCUCAGCCAUCGCCACCAAUGGCAAAGUCAAAGGAGGYGGGACUUACUUCCUGAUCAGCCGCAGCCUCGGCCCGGAGCUGGGUGGUUCCAUCGGUCUGAUCUUUGCCUUCGCCAACGCCGUGGCUGUGGCCAUGCACACUGUGGGCUUUUCUGAGACCGUCACUGACCUCAUGGCGGAAAGUGGAGCUGUCAUGGUGGACAAAACCAACGACAUCCGCAUCAUCGGCAUCAUCACUGUCACAUGUCUGCUGGGCAUCUCCAUGGCUGGCAUGGCGUGGGAGUCCAAGGCCCAGGUAAUCUUCUUCAUGCUCAUCAUGGUAUCAUUUGCCAGUUAUAUUGUUGGGACAAUCAUGCCGGCUUCAACAGAGAAACAAUCCAAAGGUUUCUAUAGCUACAGAGCGGACAUCUUUGCAACCAAUUUUGUGCCGGACUGGCGGGGGCCAGGGGGCAGCUUCUUUGGCAUGUUUUCCAUCUUCUUCCCAUCUGCCACGGGCAUCCUGGCAGGAGCGAACAUCUCUGGAGAUCUGAAGAAUCCAGCAGUGGCCAUACCUCGAGGGACACUGAUGGCGAUAUUCUGGACUACGGUGUCCUACCUGAUCAUCAGUGCAACCAUUGGAUCCUGUGUUGUUCGAGAUGCUUCUGGCUCCAUAAACGACACCCUGACGUCAACCGUAGAGACCUGCAUUGGUUUACCCUGUCAGUACGGUUGGGACUUCACAGAGUGCAUCAAUAAUAACACCUGCACCUACGGCAUCAGUAACUACUAUCAGUCACUGAGCAUGGUGUCGGCCUUCUCCCCGCUCAUCACUGCUGGGAUUUUUGGAGCAACCCUGUCCUCUGCUUUGGCCUGCCUGGUGUCGGCUCCCAAAGUCUUCCAGUGUCUCUGUAAAGAUCAUCUCUACCCUCUCAUUGGCUUCUUUGGCAAAGGUUAUGGUAAAAACAACGAACCACUCAGAAGCUACCUGCUGACUUACUUCAUCGCUGCCUGCUUCAUCAUCAUCGCCGAGCUGAACACCAUCGCACCCAUCAUCUCCAACUUCUACCUGUGCUCCUACGCUCUGAUCAACUUCAGCUGCUUCCAUGCCUCCAUCACCAAUUCACCAGACCCCAGUGUUUGGUGCUGACCGGACCACCCAGCAGCCGCCCGGCUCUCGUGGAUCUCGUCAACUGCUUCACAAAAAAUCUCAGCCUCAUGAUGUGCGGGAAUGUGGUCACUGCCGGCACGUCUCCGUCGGUUUUAGAGAAGGCGAGCAGCAGCAGCCACGUGUCGUGGCUGAACCAAAGGAAGAUCAAGUCGUUCUACAGAGGAGUGGUGGCUGAAGAGCUCAGGUCUGGGGUUACCAUGCUGCUCCAGGGGGCAGGUUUGGGUCGGAUCAAGCCCAAUGUUCUGCUGAUGGGUUUCAAGAAGGGCUGGCGCAGCGACCCACCUCUGGCUUCUCACAACUACAUAGGAAUCCUGCAUGAUGCGUAUGACCUGCAGUACGGCGUGUGUCUGCUAAGAAUGAGGGAGGGAUUAGAUGUCUCUAAGCCGGCUCAGUCACACGUGAAUGAAGGUUUUGACGGGGGACCGGACAGUAUAAGCACCAUCUCCACGGCUUCAUGCAUUCGAGUCAGUGUUACCUCUUCUGUCAGUAUUGAACCUGAGCCUCAGCCCAGUUCGGUUUUCCAGCAGAAACAGGGAAAGAAGACUAUUGAUGUGUACUGGCUGUCUGAUGAUGGAGGUCUGACCCUGCUGCUGCCCUACCUGCUGACCCGCAGGAAGCGCUGGGCCAGGUGUAAGGUCAGAGUCUUUGUGGGAGGAGAAUCGGACAAAAAGGAGGAGCAGAAGGAGGAGGUUUUGUCUCUCAUUAAGAAGUUUCGUCUUGGUUUUCAUGAUGUUGAAGUUCUUCCUGACAUCUACCAGAGUCCUCAGCCCAUGAACRUCCAUCACUUUGAAAACAUGAUCAGACGCUUCAGGCUGGAGUCGAACCCCAAACAGGAGUCGGACUCGGACCCUCAGAGGCAGCAGAACGAACCCUGGAUGAUCACUGAACAGGAUUUAGAAAGAAACAUGGCCAAGUCUCUCCGUCAGAUCCGCCUGAAUGAGGUUCUGCAGGAUUACUCCAGAGAAGCAGCUCUUAUUGUGAUCACCAUGCCAGUGGGGAGGAGAGGACUGUGUCCCAGUUCUCUCUACAUGGCCUGGCUCGACAUCCUGUCCCGGGACCUUAGACCUCCGGUACUGAUGGUCCGAGGAAACCAGGAAAGCGUUCUAACGUUCUACUGCCAAUAAAAUGUUUCUCUGAGUGUACUGUUAAUAUGAAUCUGACUUCUCAGUA